UCUCCUCCUAUCACACGCUUCUAUUUAAUAAAUACUCCCCGUCCUUUCAAUUUCCCACCAUUACUCUCCCUCAGCUUCUUCUUCUUCUUCUUCUUCACUACAAGACUCAAAAUCCAAAGCCUCUCUAAUUUCUCAGAUCCCAAAACAAUGGAUUGCUUUAUACUCGGGCGCCUCAAGGCUCAGCCUUGGUGGGUUUUGGCUCUGUUCUCUAUUGGUUCCUUGUCCAUUCUCAGAUUCUCAGUCUCUGUACUCAACUGGGUCUUCGUCAAUUUCCUCAGACCCGCCAAGAAUCUCAAAAAGUACGGAUCUUGGGCACUCGUCACCGGGCCCACCGACGGCAUUGGCAGAGGCUUUGCUUUUCAGUUGGCUCGCAAGGGGCUCAAUCUGGUGUUGGUGGGCCGGAGCCCCAGUAAGCUGAAGGACGUCUCCGAUGCGAUUCUGGCCAAGUACGGCAAGACCCAGAUCAAGACCGUCGUCGUUGACUUCAGCGGCGACCUGGACGACGGCGUUAAGAGGAUUCAAGAGAGCAUUGAGGGUUUGGAUUUGGGGGUCGUGAUCAACAACGUUGGGAUUUCGUAUCCUUAUGCCAGGUACUUUCAUGAGGUGGAUGACGAGUUGUUGCGGAACUUGAUUAAGAUAAACGUUGAAGGGACCACUAAGGUUACGCAUGCUGUCUUGCCGGGAAUGUUGCAGAGGAAGAGAGGAGCUAUUGUCAAUAUUGGGUCCGGUGCCGCCGGGGUUAUCCCCUCCGAUCCUCUCUAUGCUGUUUACGCAGCUACCAAAGCGUAUAUUGAUCAGUUCUCUAGGUGCCUUCAUGUGGAGUACAAAAACAAGGGGAUUGAUGUCCAGUGUCAGGUUCCAUUGUAUGUGGCAACAAAGAUGGCAUCUAUCAAGAGAUCUUCCUUCUUUGUACCAUCAACUGAUGGUUAUGCGCGGGCAGCUUUAGGCAGGAUAGGCUACGAACCUCGUUGCACUCCUUACUGGCCCCAUACUCUUAUUUGGACUCUCGUUUACUUGCUCCCGGAGUCCAUUGUUGAUGCAUAUCGACUUCGAUUUAACUUAGGCAUCCGAAAAAGGGGACAACUCAAAGAUUCAAGGAAGAAGGACUAGACCUUUUGACAAAUUUCUAGUAUGAAUGCAGUUUGAUUUAGCAGAUUAGAACUUGUGAAAGUUGGUAUGCUGAGAAUCCAUCUGUUAUUUGUUUCUGAAUUUCACGGUUUUUGUUAAUCAAUAACUUUUCCUUUUCAGAAGUUUCAAUAAACUCUUUCCCUUCCCUCUUA